AGCUUUUCUUUUUCUGUCUUGCACCUGGUCAGGGUGAAGUAACCAUGCAGGCAUUUUUAAAAGGCACAUCCAUCAGUACUAAACCACCGUUGACCAAGGAUCGAGGAGUAGCUGCUACUGCUGGAAGCAGUGGAGAGAACAAGAAAGCCAAACCUGUUCCAUGGGUGGAAAAAUAUCGUCCAAAAUGUGUGGAUGAAGUUGCUUUCCAGGAAGAAGUGGUUGCAGUACUGAAAAAGUCUUUAGAAGGAGCUGAUCUCCCCAAUCUCCUGUUUUAUGGGCCACCUGGAACUGGAAAAACAUCCACUAUUUUGGCAGCAGCGAGGGAACUCUUUGGGCAUGAACUUUUUCGAUUAAGAGUUCUUGAGUUAAAUGCAUCUGAUGAACGUGGAAUACAAGUAGUUAGAGAGAAAGUGAAGAAUUUUGCUCAAUUAACUGUAUCAGGAAGUCGUUCAGAUGGGAAGCCAUGUCCUCCUUUUAAGAUUGUGAUUCUGGAUGAAGCAGAUUCUAUGACCUCAGCUGCUCAGGCAGCGUUAAGACGUACCAUGGAGAAAGAAUCUAAAACCACCCGAUUCUGUCUCAUCUGUAAUUAUGUCAGUCGAAUAAUUGAACCUCUGACCUCCAGAUGUUCUAAAUUCCGCUUCAAACCUCUGUCAGAUAAAAUUCAACAGCAGCGAUUACUAGACAUUGCUGAUAAAGAACAUGUCAAAAUAAGCAAUGAGGGACUGUCUUGUCUUGUUCAAGUAUCAGAAGGAGACUUAAGAAAAGCCAUUACAUUUCUUCAAAGUGCUACUAGAUUAACAGGUGGGAAGGAGGUCACAGAUAAAGUGAUCACAGACAUUGCUGGGGUAAUACCAGUUGAGACAGUUGAUGGAAUAUUUGCUGCAUGUCAGAGUGGCUCUUUUGACAAGCUAGAAGCUGUGGUAAAGGACUUAAUAGAUGAAGGUCAUGCAGCAACUCAGCUUGUAAAUCAACUUCAUGAUGUAGUUGUAGAAAAUGAUGCUCUUUCUGAUAAACAAAAGUCCAUUAUUACAGAAAAACUUGCUGAUGUUGACAAGUGUUUAGCAGAUGGUGCUGAUGAACAUCUGCAAUUGAUUAGCCUCUGUGCCACUGUGAUGCAACAGUUAACCCAGAAUUGUUAAAACCAUAUUCAAUUCAUACUGUUUUACAAUAAAAUAAUGAAAGCACCUUUAAA